AUGCAUUUGUAUUUAAAUGAAUGGGAUAAAGCAUUCUUUGACAAUGGUGUAUCUGAAACGAAACGCUCAAAAUGUCUCAGUCAAGUGACAAAGUUUUUAACCUACAACAAAGAUAGUUUUCAAAUCCCAGUGUCUGUAAAACAUCUUGAAUUCUCUAGACUGUUAAUGACUGGUAUUUCAUGGAAGCGUAUAUCUAAUUCUGGAAAAACACUCGUAGGAGGAUCAAGACAACAGGUGAAUGAGGAACAGGGAAGGGGCAAAGAAAAGAAAACUUCUACCAAGAUAAGACCACUUCUUAGAAAACGACGACGAAAGAAUACCUUUGUGUUGAUACUGAUUGAUGGUGUUCGUAAUACCCUAUGGCAAAGAGACAUCGAUGCUUCAAGAAAUAUGCAUCGUAUCUUUGAUACCUUGGUUACCACAAAUGAGAUCCCAAUCAUGAUUUGA